UUAUUAUUACAGCCUCUUUGCCGGUCAUUCUUUACGCCGGCAAUUGCAUACGUUCGCUACAAGUAUGCGUUCCACUCUUUACGGCCUCGCGGCCCUGCCGCUUGCGGCUCAAGCCCUCGAAUUCAUCGACGACACAGUCGCCCAGCAAAAUGGAAUUAUGCGAUAUACCCUCACCACUACCAAGGGUGCCACCUCGAAGCACCUUCACAGGCGCCAGGAUAGCGCCGAUUUGAUGUCCCAACAGACUGGCUACUUUUACAGCAUCCAGCUCGAGAUUGGCACACCACCGCAGGCAGUGAGCGUCAAUUUCGAUACUGGCUCCUCCGAGCUCUGGGUCAACCCCGUGUGCAGCAAGGCGACGGACCCUGCCUUUUGCAAGACCUUUGGCCAGUACAACCAUUCCACCACCUUUGUCGACGCCAAGGCUCCCGGAGGUAUCAAGUAUGGUACCGGCUUUGUUGAUUUCAACUACGGCUACGACUAUGUCCAGCUUGGCUCUCUGCGUAUCAAUCAGCAAGUCUUCGGUGUUGCCACUGACAGCGAGUUUGCUUCCGUCGGUAUCCUCGGUGCCGGUCCCGACCUCAGCGGCUGGACGAGCCCCUACCCCUUUGUCAUUGACAACCUGGUCAAGCAGGGCUUCAUCAAGAGCAGGGCUUUCAGUCUCGACAUCCGUGGCCUCGACAGCGACCGAGGCUCCGUCACCUACGGCGGAAUCGAUAUCAAGAAGUUCUCUGGCCCCCUUGCCAAGAAGCCCAUCAUCCCCGCCGCCCAGUCCCCCGAUGGCUACACCCGCUACUGGGUCCAUAUGGACGGUAUGAGCAUCACCAAGGAGGACGGCUCCAAGUUUGAGAUCUUCGACAAGCCCAACGGCCAGCCGGUGCUCCUCGACAGCGGCUACACCGUCAGCACCCUUCCCGGCCCCCUGAUGGACAAGAUCCUCGAGGCCUUCCCCUCUGCUCGUCUGGAGUCCACCUCGGGCGACUACAUUGUGGACUGCGACAUCAUUGACACCCCCGGCCGUGUCAACUUCAAGUUUGGCAACGUUGUGGUCGACGUCGAGUACAAGGACUUCAUCUGGCAGCAGCCUGACCUGGGCAUCUGCAAGCUCGGUGUGUCCCAGGACGACAACUUCCCUGUUUUGGGCGACACCUUUUUGCGCGCUGCCUACGUCGUCUUUGACUGGGACAACCAGGAGGUCCACAUUGCGGCCAACGAGGACUGCGGCGACGAGCUGAUCCCCAUCGGCUCCGGCCCCGACGCCAUCCCGGCUUCUGCCAUUGGCAAGUGCUCUCCCUCCGUCAAGACCGACACGACCACCUCUGUUGCGGAGACCACAGCCACCUCCGCUGCCGCCUCGACGUCUGAACUGGCCGCCACCACCUCCGAGGCUGCUACCACCUCCUCCGAGGCCGCCACCACUUCUGCCGCCGCCGAGACCACCAGCGUGCCGCUGAACACUGCGCCCGCCACCACCGGACUUCUGCCCACGACCUCGCACCGGUUCAGCAACGGUACCGCCCCCUACCCCAUCCCGAGCCUCAGCUCCGUCGCCGCCGCCGCCGGUUCCAGCACCGUCCCCUCGGAAUCCAGCACCGGCGCUGCUGCUGCCGGCACCACCUCCGCGGCCACUGGCUCUGGCUCUGGCUCUGGCUCUGGCGACGCCACCACGGCCUCCGCAACGUACACAUCGACCUUCACCACCACCAACGUGUACACUGUCACCUCGUGCCCGCCUUCAGUCACCAACUGCCCCGUUGGCCACGUCACGACUGAGGUUGUCGUUGCGUACACGACCUGGUGCCCCGUUGAGAACGGCCCGCAUCCCACGGCUCCUCCCAAGCCCGCAGCUCCCGAGAUCACUGCAACCUUCACGCUGCCCAACACGUACACCUGCAGCCAAGGCAAGAACACCUGCAGCAACCCCAAGACGGCGCCUAACGUUAUUGUUGUCACUCCCAUUGUCACCCAGACGGCCCCCGUUGUCAUCCCUGGUAUUGCGGCCCCCACUCCCACUCCCUCUGUCGCCGCCUCGUCUCCCGCCUCGCCCAGCGUGGUGCCAUCGCCCACUGCCCCUGUCGCCACCAGCCCGGCCCAGUCCGCCUACUACCCGCCUCCCCCUCCGCCUGAGCAUGCCGUCUCUACUCCGGUUGCCAACCCCCCGGCUGUCACGCCGGCUCCGGCUCCCUUCCCUAGCGGUGGACUGACGACCGUCAUCGCCCCUGGCAGCACUGGCGUUCCCUCUCAGCCUGCCCAGUCUGGCCUGCCUCCUGUCCCGGCCGGAGCUGCUGGGUUCCGCGCACCUGCCGCGGUGGCUCUGUUGGCCGGAGCCGUGGCUGCUGCUUUGUUGUAA